AUGGAGAACGGGUGUGAUGCGGCGGAUAUUCGCUCACAAUUUAUCGAAUUUUUCAAGUCGAAAGGUCACAAAUAUGUACAUUCUUCAUCCGUUAUACCCCGAAACGACCCCACUCUUCUUUUUACCAAUGCUGGAAUGAAUCAAUGGAAACCCAUAAUUCAGGGUACAGUGGAUCCAAAUACGGAAAUGGCGACGUACAAACGUGUCGUAAACUCACAGAAAUGCAUUCGUGCUGGUGGCAAGCACAACGACCUCGAUGAUGUCGGUCGUGAUGUUUACCACCACACUUUUUUUGAAAUGCUUGGAAAUUGGUCCUUUGGUGAUUAUUUCAAGAGGGAGGCAUGCACUUGGGCCUGGGAGCUUUUGACCAAAGUUUGGAAGCUCCCGGAAGACAGGUUUUACAUCACUUACUUCGGGGGUGAUAAGAAAACAAAAUUGGAAUCUGACGAGGAAGUGCGCCAGAUCUGGAUUGAUUUGGGCAUUCCUUCAGAACGUAUCUUACCGUUUGGAAUGAAAGAUAAUUUUUGGGAGAUGGGUGAGACCGGCCCAUGUGGCCCUUGUUCAGAAAUUCACUAUGAUCGUAUUGGCGGCAGAGACGCCUCAAAAUAUGUGAAUAUGGGUGAUCCUGAUGUUUUGGAAAUCUGGAAUCUUGUCUUUAUGCAGUACAACAGGGAAGAAGAUGGCUCAUUACGUCCUCUCCCAGCAAAACAUGUGGAUACAGGCAUGGGUCUGGAACGUAUUGUCUCUGUCCUUCAGAACAGACGAUCAAAUUAUGAUACUAAUUUAUUCCUACCCUACUUUGAAAUCAUACAUAAGGCUACUGGGGUCCGGCCGUAUGCGGGAAAAUUGGGAGAGGAGGACGAAGGCAACCUUGACUUUGCUUACCGCGUCUUGGCCGACCAUGCACGCAACCUCACGAUCGCGCUGAGCGACGGUGGCCAGAUUUCCAAUCAGGGCCGUGGCUACGUUUUGCGUCGAAUCCUCCGACGGGCGAUCCGCUACUCCAUCGAGGUCAUCGGUGCCAAACCGGGAUUCUUUUCUUCCCUCGUUGAUGUGGUUGUUGCCUCUCUCGGCGACGCUUUCCCUGAAGUGAAAAGGGACCCAGCAGCAGUGAAAGCGUUGAUUAACGAAGAGGAGCAGCAGUUCCUUUUGACACUCCGACGCGGUCAGCGGCUUUUGCAGCGAGAAGUGGAGCGUUUGAAAAAGUCACGAGUGACCACCUUGCCUGGUGCCGUAGCAUGGCGACUUUAUGACACCUAUGGCUUCCCUCUAGAUCUCACUCAGGUCAUGACAAGCGAGGUUGGCAUUGAGGUUGACGUCGAGGGCUACGAGAAGGCGAAGGAGGAGGCCCUGCUGAAGAGUCAGGGCACCUUCGGCACUGACGUAUUUGGUAUUGAUCUCGACGUCCACGACAUCGCCGCUCUGCAGAAUCGCGAAGUGCCUCUGACCGAUGACAGCCUCAAGUACGAAUACAGGUACAACAGCAAAAGGCACAAAUAUGUGUUCUCGGAAUACAUGGCGUCGAUUCUCGCAAUUCGCACGGCGGAGGGCUUUGUGGAAAGUGUAGAGGGGGCAGGCACAGUGUGUGGUCUUGUCCUUGAUCGCACCAUUUUCUACGCCGAGGCUGGCGGACAGGCCGAAGAUCACGGCUUCAUCGUUAGUGAGGGGAAUGAUGCUAACGAAUUGUCCGUUUUCGGAGUGCGAAACAAGGGUGGUUUUGUGCUCCACUUGGGCCGAUUAGAGGGCAGCCUCUCGCGGGGAGAAAACGUACGUAUGGGGUUGGACACAGUACGCCGAGUGGGUCUCAUGCGCAACCACACCGCCACCCACGUUCUCAACUUCGCUCUUCGACGCCUGUUGGGCGAGGCUGACCAGAAGGGUAGUCUUGUAGCGCCCGACCGCCUCCGCUUCGACUUCUCCACCAAGCAUCCCCUCACGAAGAAGCAGGUACGUGAGACAGAGGUGAUUUCACAGAAGAUGAUCGGAUCGGCGCAGCCCAUCUACGCAAAGGACGUGCACCUGGCCGAUGCAAAGGCCAUCCAGGGACUUCGCGCUGUUUUUGGUGAGGUAUACCCCGACCCUGUCCGCGUCGUCUCCGUCGGUGUGCCGGUGGAGAAGCUAAUUGCCUUCAAGUCAAGUGACAAAGCCGCUAAAACCUCUGUCGAACUUUGUGGUGGCACGCACGUAACAAAUGUAGCUCACAUUGGCAAGUUCGUUAUUGUCUCGGAGGAGGCCAUCGCAAAGGGCAUUCGGCGGAUCGUCGCCGUCACCGGCCCCGAGGGUGAACGUGCAGAGAAGCAGGCAAAGCACCUUCGAGCUGAAGUGGCUAAACACACUGGUGCCAUUGAGAGGGCGAUCUCCAACAAACAAGUGGACUUGCGUACCUGUCGUCAGUUGGCAGCCAAACUUUCUGCGGUGGCAGAGAGCGUUGACGCCGCGCAAAUCGGAGUGAGUCCGCGGGAGGCGAUGCGUGCGGCAAUAAAUGUCGCCAAAAAGCGUCUAGACGACUUUGAUAAGGCCUUUAAGGCUGAGAUGGCUAGUCGGGUCAUGGAGGAGGCCAAAAAUCUCUGCCACGGCCACACAGGUGACUUCAUAGUCCACGUCUUCAAUGCGGGAUCCAAUGCAAAAGUUCUCAACACCGCCCUGAAGGAGAUAGAGAAAGCACUGCCCUCAACUGCUGUUAUGGCGCUGUCAUUGGAUGCAGAAGACGGCGAGGUGCUCUGUCUUACUCAGGUUCCCAAGGCGUUAGUGACACGCGGUCUGAAGGCGAACUCGUGGGUGGGAUGUGUCUCUUCCCUCAUCAGCGGCAAAGGUGGUGGCAGAGAAACCUCGGCUCAAGCCAGCGGGUCAUCAAACGGGGUCUCUGUGGCUCAGGUGGUCGCUGCAGCAACUGAAUUUGUAAAGGCGAAUCUUAAGUGA